GCUGCGAGCGCGCGAACAGUAAUAAUAAUAAUUAGCGGCUUUAUUGUUAUUCGGCCGGCGCGGCAGAUAACGUGCAAAAUGUACGAGGCGAUCUCCUAUUUGGAAAGGUUUUCAUUGUUAGCGGUGUGCGGACGUGGCGCGCUCUGAUUGGAUUCGAUACUGAAGGACUUUAGUUUGCGAGCGUGCGAAGCAUUCGUGUUGAUUCCGUUAGAGUUAAGGAUUAUAGUGAUGUGUGGAAUUUGUUAGACUUGUGUUUGAUUCAGUUAUUAAACGUGUAUAAAGUUCUCUUAUAACGGAUUCUCGUGAACAAGAUAAAAGGUACAAUAUUUAAGGAUUGUGUACGGAGCGAUAGCGGACUUUCACUGUGUCGCGUUGUGAUCGUGUGCGCAGCCAUUAAACGUGUGUGUGUGCCAAGUGCAGUGUAAACUAGUGUAACUAGUGUGUGACGGUGCUGUGUGUGUGCGCGUCGGUGUGUGUGCGCGUGUGCGUGUGCGCGCGCGUCCCGAGCGGCGCCGGCGCCGGACAAGUCGAUGCCGGUGCGCCGAUGGAUCGGUGAUCUCGGUUCGAUUACGUCACAACAACGUUGGUAAAAUGAACGCGUCGAGAUCGUUACGAGCGAUUUGCCAACAACAACCCUAAUGACAUUGAAAUUGUGACGCGCUGCGAAGCGGAUAUUAAAGCGGCUCUGCCGCUUUAAAUGGACAAACGCAAGAUGCUGCCAAAGAGAGCUCGCAUGGAUAGCAUUCGGGGACCCAUUGCAAAUGGCCCCUUACAAUCGAGGCCGCUGGUGGCCCUGCUGGACGGGCGCGACUGCACCGUCGAGAUGCCGAUACUGAAGGACGUCGCGACGGUCGCGUUCUGCGACGCGCAGUCCACGUCCGAGAUACACGAGAAGGUGCUGAACGAGGCGGUCGGCGCGCUCAUGUGGCACACGAUCAUACUCACCAAGGAGGACCUGGAGAAGUUCAAGGCGCUGCGGAUCAUCGUGCGCAUUGGAUCCGGCGUCGAUAAUAUUGACGUCAAAGCCGCUGGCGAGCUGGGCAUAGCGGUGUGCAAUGUGCCCGGCUACGGCGUGGAGGAGGUGGCCGACACGACCAUGUGCCUCAUACUGAACCUGUACCGGCGGACGUACUGGCUCGCCAACAUGGUGCGCGACGGCAAGAAGUUCACAGGUCCGGAGCAAGUGCGCGAGGCGGCGGCGGGGUGCGCGCGCAUCCGCGGCGACACGCUCGGCAUCGUGGGGCUCGGCCGCAUCGGCUCGGCCGUCGCGCUCAGGGCCAAGGCGUUCGGCUUCAACGUCAUCUUCUACGACCCCUACCUGCCCGACGGCAUCGAGAAGUCGCUCGGCCUCACCAGGGUGUACACGCUGCAGGACCUUUUAUUCCAGAGUGACUGUGUCUCAUUACACUGCAGCUUAAACGAGCACAAUCACCACUUAAUCAAUGAGUUCACUAUAAAACAAAUGCGUCCAGGCGCGUUCCUGGUGAACACGGCGCGCGGCGGGCUGGUGGACGACGAGGCGCUGGCGGCGGCGCUGAAGCAGGGCCGCAUCCGGGCAGCCGCGCUAGAUGUGCACGAGAACGAGCCCUUCAACGUGUUCCAGGGCCCGCUGAAGGACGCGCUGAACCUGCUGUGCACGCCGCACGCCGCGUUCUACUCGGACGCGUCCGCGCAGGAGCUGCGCGAGAUGGCCGCCUCCGAGAUCCGCCGCGCCAUCGUCGGCCGCAUACCCGACUGCCUGCGCAACUGCGUCAACAAGGACUACUUCCUGGCGGGCAGCGGCGGCGGCGUGGGCGGGGUGGGCGGCGUGGGCGGGGGCGGCGUGGGGGCGGGCGGGGCGCUGGGCGGCGGCGCGGCGGCCCCGUACAGCGAGAGCAUGAACGGCGGCUACUACGGGGGCACGCAGGCGGCGCACUCCACCACGGCGGUGCACGAGCCGCCCGCCAUCGCGCCGCAGCCCGCGCCGCAGCCCAGCCAGCCGCAGCCGCCCAUCUCGCUGCCGCCAAUCAACACAUCGGACCCGGCUAACCACCAGAUGAAGCAGGAGAGCUCGGACGUGCACUAGGGCGCAGUACGUUGCAGUACCGCACCGGACACAGACGAACAUACAAACAAACAAUAGUUUUAUUCACCCCGAUACCCCCCCUAAUGUAAGGCGACCGGCAUACGGACACUGGUGUGUGAAUGACUUGUGCGGCGUCGGAUAGAUGAUUUAGUUAAGGGAUGUUCGGGGCCCCGCUCGGGGCCCUGCUAUGGAGAAAUGCUACGACGCGACGUUCGGCUCGUACCAGUGCAAUUUGAGACAAGAGACUAUGUUUUUAUCAGAUUCCAAAUACGAUAUGAGCAGUGUUUGAAUCAUUUCUGCAUAACAGGGCCGAGAGGCCCGACGCGUGUGUGGGGCUCCGUUUGAAGUGUUUAAGAAUGUUUGGUGUAUCCGUUUGAAAUUUAAUAGUCGGUGUUGGGGCCCCGGCGCACGGUGUGGGGCCCUGCGGAGACGGUCGGCGUUUGUCUGGGACCCCGUUUAGCGAUUGAUAAGAUUGUUGUGACGAAUUGUUUGUAAACCUGUUGUGUAAAUUCCGGGGGCGCGAUAUAUAGUAAUAUAAUUUUGGGUCUUAAGUUAAUCCAAGUCUACAAGUGCGGGGGCUCCAAUGGCCUUGAGAUUAUGUAAGCGAACGAAUCAUAAUUUCUCGGAGCUUUUAUCGCCGUCUAUGUAUCGAGGGUUGGGCUUCGCGGUCGGUUGGACGGUUGUUGUAAAGGACGUUACAUACUGUCGGCUUUGUUUCACUCGCACGGUAAUGUGUGCUGUAUUUAAGCUUCCAGUAAGUGCAAAUAGUAUUGAUCGUCGGCUAUCCGAUAUAAAUUUUAUUCCUAAAUAUUAUCCGUUUCGAUAAAUGCGGUUAACGCAUGCUUACAUAAUAAUUACGAGUUGCGUUUAUCGUGCGAUUUAAAUGAAUCCAAUAGUGUGUAACGUCGCUAAGGCUUUAGGGGCCCCGCCGAGUGAACAUGGCGGGCCGGGGCCCCAGAUCGAGCUGUUUAAUAGUGCUGCGUAUGAUUAGUUUUCUUUUGAAAAUAAACUCAUCGCUCAGUGUGAUUUGAGUUUUUGCAUUGCGCUGUUCGUACAAGUUUUUAAAAUUAAUGUUUUUGUAUUGCAGUUUAACUUUUAGUUGACUGGCAAAUAUUGACUUGUUUCUUUGUAAUAUGUAGACAAAGUAUAGUGGACGAGUCAUGAAAUGACGAUUCUCUAGCGAUUUAUUUUAAAUAACAGAAUUAAAAAAGGAUUAGAUGGGAGAUAUGAUGAAUCAUUAUUUAAAAGUCAUCGAGGGAGAAACAAAUGAUUUUCACCCAUUAUAAAUGCUAGUAGUACCACUUAGUACAUAUUGACUAUAAUUUAAAAGUUUUUGUUUAGUUCGAGUCUCUUGGACAAAGUUGCACCAACAGCGCGAUGCAAGAGAGUUCUAAAGCCGCUUCGAUAAGCAUUUGAUAGCAUUUGUAUAAGCCCGGUCCAAACUUCGCAUUCAUAUAUUAUUUUUAAGACAAACGACUGUAGGAAUAUCAUCACACUUUAUUAACGAAAAACUUAAAGAAGGAUGCUCUUGUGUUUUUUUUUUUUUAUUUGAAAUGUACAAAAAUAUGCUUUUCAUUUUUGAUUCUUUUAUUUUUUUCUUUUCUAAAUAGUGUUAAGUAAUUUGUACAUGAGCGAACACCAAUCGAUGUAAGUUAGGCGCAAUAGCUGGCCAAAUCUCUGGUGGAUCCGAUUGAGACAUUGGUAUUUAAAAUUAGUAUUUACUUACAGUUUAGUUUAUUGACAAAAACAAUGUGUAUAUUUUAUGAGAAAGUGAAAAGUUCUUAAAUAAAACUAUUGUUUUCGGAUUAAUUA